GUGACACAGAGAUAUAGUAUGUAGAAAAAUAAAUCGAGUAUAUACACAUAAUCAAUUAUACAAAAGAACAUACACAAAGACAGUAGGAUUUAAUUUUUUUGUGUCCAUGCAAUACUCUGGAGCCUAUUAGUAAUAGUUACUUCGAGGCCUUAUUAAAUGCUCUGAUCCUUCUUCCUGGCUUUACCUUUUCCUUGUUUAGUCCCAAAAUGACAGAUCAUAUUUGAUCUUCAUUUUAUUCACCCAUACCUCAUAUUCAUAUCAUAUAUGAUAUAUUCCCAUCUAUCUAAUUCAUUUACACUUCCUAAAAUAGCCCAUUUCCUCAUUCAGGAAUCACUCAGCUUUUAGACUUUUUUCUUUUCUUUUCUUUUCUUUCCAAAUGGCUUCCUCAAUAACCAAACCAGGAAAACAACUGGGAGAGCUUCUUCUGAAAGAGCAAGACCCUUUUGUUCUUGAUGUUUUCUUGAAUGAAAGAAGUUAUGGAAAUAGGAAUACUAGUGACUCAAAUAAGACAAGAAAAAGAAGAAAUGGUAUUCCAAGCUGUUCCAGAGUAUUGAGAGCUAUACUUGGCAAGUUUGGUUUCAAUAAAAGUGAUGGAAGCCAGAAUACUACUGCUUCUGAUGAUCAAAUAAUACAAGGAAAAUUCAAUGAGAAAUUGAAGAAGAAUCUUUUUCUUCAAAAUGUUUCCGAGCCAGAUAGAUUUUCUUCUGCUAGCAGUAGAACGGUGUAUAAUUCAUGCUCCGACAGUGAUUAUUCUCAAGAUGAAUCCUCAACUUCAUUGGAUAAAAAUGAACAUGACUCAUUUGAAGCCACUAGACUCGGCUACAAAGCAGAGAAGGAGGCUAUUUCAGGUGGAACUUUUGCGUUUCGACAACUCAUUGGAAGCAAUAAACGCAGUUCAGUUUCAAUAGUAAAAGAAGAAACUCCUCUAUCGCAAGAGAGAAUCAACCUCAUAAUAACAAGACAAUCGCUAGAGACUAAAACAAAAAUCAGCAGCCUCCUUAUGGAAAGUGAAAUAACAGAGAAGCCAAGAAAGUUUAGUACUAAAAUCUCUGAUCCAAAUAAGGGACUUCUCAAUCUGAAGACGAAACCAUCGACGCAGUUUCUCAAAUCCAAGAGAGUUUUGAGCAAGACAAAGCAGCUUUUGUUUGACUGUGUGAGAGAGAUUGUAGAAACUCACGCAAAGGAAAAGGAGAAAGUGGAUUAUGGUACUAAAGGGGUAGUGUUGGGGCCAGAGGAGUUAGGGGAGCUUCUGUGGGAGAAAAUGAAGGUUUGGAGUAAACAAAGUAGUGUAGAUGAUACAAACAAUAUUACUUACUUAUUGUGUUUGGAUUUGGUUGACACAGCUCAAGAGUGGAAUGGUUUUGACUCGGAAAAUAAAGAAAUCUGUUGGGAAAUUGGAGACGCCAUUGUAGAAGAGAUUAUGAACGAGUUUUUGAUUGAAACUAUGAGUUAAAAUUAAUGGAGUUAGUCCUUCUAUGCUUUAUCUUAAGCAUAACUAAAUCAAUAAUAAUAACUUUCUUUUUGACUCAUAUAUGUAUGCACUAUGUUGUAUAUCCUCCUAAUAUAUUCUACUUAAAAUAUAACAUAAUUAAUCAACUGUAAAUUUAUUUUUAGAUUAAUUUAAGUUGAAGUAGAACAAGGCAAAGACAAUAUGCUGGUUCA